CCACUAUAAAUAUACAUGGGAGCCUUGCAAAAAGAACCCACCCAUCGUCAUUCGUCACAGAAUUAAGCUGAUAGGAUAGCCCCCUCCCCCCAGAUCGUUUGUGAACAUGGGAAUCCUGCAUCAAGAGCCCCUCCCCCUCCCCGACCUCAGGGUAACCCUGGAAGACACUUUCCUCGUCUUUCCUUCCCAAGAAACCGAGAGAAAAUCCAUAUUCCUCUCCAACAUAGAUCAAGUCCUGAAUUUCGACGUCCAAACCGUCCACUUCUUCCCGCCCCACCCGGACUUUCCUCCCUCUGUUGUUGCACGCAAACUCCAGAACGCGCUCAGCGAGGUGCUGGUGCCGUACAGCUUCUUGGCCGGCCGGCUGAGCCUGAACAAGGAGCUCGGUCGGCUGGAGAUCGACUGUAACUCCGCCGGUGCCGGAUUCGUCGUGGCUUCCUGCCAGCAUUCGCUCGACGAGAUCGGCGACUUGGUUUACCCUAAUCCUGCAUUUCGCCAACUUAUCGUCCAGCGCUUGGAUAAAUUAGGGCAACACGAUCAACCUCUCUGCAUUUUCCAGGUAACAGCGUUUAGGUGUGGUGGCUUUGCAAUGGGAAUAUCAACCAAUCACUCCACCUUUGAUGGCUUAAGCUUCAAGAUGUUCUUGGAGAAUCUGGCCGCCCAAGCCGCCGACAAGCCCUUGCCCAUUCCGCCGUUCAACGACCGCCACCUCCUCGCCGCCAGAUCGCCGCCGCGCGUCACCUUCCCACACCCUGAGCUCCUCAAACUAAAACUCCCAGUCGGCCAAGACCAAGCCCCUCCGGCCUUCGAUUGCCAAGAGGACGAUCUCGACUUUCAAAUUUUCCGGCUGAGCUCCGGCGAAAUCUCUUCCAUGAAGGAAAAGGCCAAAGCAGGCAGUUCUGCAACGGGCGUCAAAGUCACCGGCUUCAACGUGGUGACGGCACACCUCUGGCGGUGCAAGGCAUUGUCGUGCGACACGGGGAAUCUCGACCGGGAGUCGACCGUGCUUUACGCAGUGGACAUUCGGCAGAGGCUGGUUCCGGCUCUGCCGAGGUCGUACACGGGCAACGCGGUGCUGACGGCGUACGCAACGGCGGCAUGCAGGGAGCUGGAGGCAGGGCCGCUGGGGAGGCUGGUGGAGAUGGUGGCGGGGGGAGCAGCGAGGAUGACGGACGAGUACGCGAGGUCGGCCAUAGACUGGGGAGAGAUGCACAAGGGUUUCCCGCGCGGCGAGUUCCUGAUAUCGUCGUGGUGGAGAUUAGGGUUCGGAGCGGUGGAGUACCCAUGGGGGAAGCCGAGGUACAGCUGCCCGGUGGUGUACCACAGGAAGGACAUAAUAUUGCUCUUCCCGGACAUGGAUGAUGAUGGAGUAAAUGUUCUGGUGGCACUACCGGCCAAGGAGAUGGAGCUUUUCAAAACCUUCUUCCACAAGUUCCUCCUCUUGGAAAAUUGAUUCAUUAAUUAACUAAUCAAACCCCAUAUCUCUCUCUCUCUUUAUCUGUCGUCUCUCUGUCUGUCUGUCUGUGAUAACUUUAAGUGUGUCAACUCGAUGUUUGGUUUCUUGUAAGAAGGAAUGGAUUGGGGGGUAUUGAUAAGGUAUGCCUGCCAAAGUAGGUUAAUCCAGCAUUAAUUGAAGGCUUCAGUGCUGGCUUGGGGGGCAUGGGAUAGCAUUCAUGCAUGCAUGCAUGAAUGCAGAUGUAUCUGUGUGCUCUUGCUUCCUCUCUCUCUCUCUCUCUCUCUCUAUAUAUAUAUAUAUAUAUAUCAAAAUCAAUAUAUGAUAUGUGAAUUAACUUUCU